CUUCCCGCAGGGUGUGCGGCUGGCCGGGGUCGCCCCGCGGUCCCCGCCGCUGCCGGCACUGCCGAGCCAUCGUGCUGCCCGGUCUCUCGCGGCCUUGGUACCGCCUCACGUCAUGGCCCGAACAGGAGUUAACGAGUUUGAUGCCAAACCCGCUGAGGAAGCUGUUGGAACGUUGAAUGAAACAAUACGAAGGGAAGGAUCACAGUACACAGUUCUCUCGAGCCUUCAUAUUAGUGAGUCAGCUACGCUACAAUGCGGCUUUUAAACAAUGAGUGACUGUCUCCCCAUCGAGCAAAUUUCUUGUGUCUGUCCGAUACAUGUAGACCAUGAAACCUUUCCAACCACAAUCCCUUGAAAUAGUAGCUGAGGGCAUUCAGAAGUUGCUGGUGUAGAUUAGAUCACGCAGUUAACAAGCAGGGUUGGAACACCGGGUCCAAGUUGACAAGCAGUGUCUAAGUAGUGUGUCCCGUCAGGAACAAUAGCAGCAAUCUCUGGGUUUUAAAACUCUGCGAAGUGUUGCUUCCAAGAUGGAUUACUUCACGAUUACUACUACGCCACUUGUGUAACGCCAGUUAACUAGAACUUUGCCGAAAUUCUUACCUAAAUUUCCAGAACCAGAUAGAAAUUAUUGUUUGUCCCAGGAGCCCCAAAUAGAUAACUCAUACAGAAACUAAAGGUGCUGAAGGCAGGACAUCCUGAAAAUGCUACAGCUGUAAUUGCAGUCUGAUUGACUCCCCAGCCUCUCGACCAAGCUGUAUCUGCUGGCUCAUAUACUUUUGAUGAGAAAUGUGGCUGCAUUACCUGUAAAGUUGACUUGCUAAUGGGAACCUGCACUGAUUUAUUUCCCAUUAGAGCGCAUAGUUUUUAUAGGAUCUGACAAAGAAAUUGAGUCAGGUGGUAUUUUGUUGUGUUCACUCUUGAAAUGUUAGUGCUGUAUCUUACCUGUGAAGUUCAGCACUGGAUCACUGAAGGUGUAGGGAAGAUGCACUCCUGUCCUGCAAAUGGAAAGUCAUCUCCUGCUACACAACAGUGUGGGCAAGUAGAUGUAGUAGGCUGCUUGGAAAACGUUGAGUCUUGUCAUCAUAAUUUUGUUUUUUUAAAUUUAUCUUUCAAGUGAACUUUGACUAAAACUGAAUGUAAGCUUUUGUGUAGUAUUUACAUAAUGCAUGCACAAGAUAAUUCUAACUAACUCAGGUAGACAGUGCUUAUUUUCUUGAAAGUUAAGUUGUCUGGGAAGGAGUUCCCACUAAAGUGAAAAGACUAAUUUUGAAAUAAGGUUUCACAUGAUGGAUUAAAACAGAAGCAAGAGCUGAUACAGAAUAAGCAUGAUAGGAACUGGUAGAAUUCUAACAUAGUCUUAACAGAGCAGUUGAGAUUGACAGCUGCCCUAAAUUUUUUGUGGCCAAAUAAGUAAUACAUCGUAAUACCAGACUGUCUUUUUAAAGCACCUUUCAGCCAGUUUUUUCAAAUAAUUUAAUGACUUUACUCAUUAGUGUAUCUCCUAAUCCUGCUGUGAAUUAUGUUUCAUUCUCAGUUAUGCUUAACUGUACUGGCUCCAUUCCCUUUCCUUCUCUUCCAUCACUGCCCAGCCACUCCUGCAAGGGUUGAAGCAGAUAAAGAACUGAUCUAGCUGAAAAUUAAUCAGUUUUUUUGCUGGUUUUAUUAUGAUCAGGUUGCUGACCUGAGUGAUGAGAUAGGAACACAACUGGAGACAAAGGCAAGACUGAUUGCUUGUCUUAGUUACCUUUUACAGGCCCAUCUUUUCCUUGUCCAUUGGACCCCAUCAGGAUUUUUAGACCAGUGUAGGACAAUUCCUAUAAUACAGGGAUAUUCAAGAUUGAUGAGGCUCAUUAGAAUUAGAAAUAAAACAGAGUGAUUUUUCUCCCUUUUUUUUUUUUUGUGUUGUUGCAGUAGAGUUUUUGAAGUGUCAAUACUGUAAGUAAAGCUUAGGCAUGACUAAGGUUUUAGGAACUUGAUGUGAAAUGAUUUUUCAUUAUAAACAUCAUUUAUGAUUUUUUAAUGAUUCAUGUGCAUGAGGAAAUAUGGUUUUGCCAAUGGAUUAGCAGGAAAGGGAUACAAUUUGUUGUCACCAUAAGAAUGGGUCAUUGCAGAGGCAGAUGAGAGACAGCUGUCGCUCCAAGAACUGCCUUCUGAAGCUGAGGAAAAGAGGUCAGAGCAGAACUGGGGAUGGAUAUUGGGUUGGAAUGGACUAGACAGGACAGGUCACAGCCCAAAUGAAUGCAGGAGAAAAGACAGCCUUGUAUGGGCAAGGCAGCUACAGAAGUGCCACACAUUUUUGUGCUGUGUCUGAUGCAAUUUGUGGGGGCAUAUGUGAACCCACAGAAGUGUUGCUCUACCUGCCUUUAUAAGUGGAUGAGAGUGUGAAACAAUUGCAUUCACUGAGAAAUGUACAGGUUAGUUCUCUGCUGCAUGAGGGAGAGGUGCUGUCUUUGCUUGUCUUGAUGGUCUUGAUCUAUGGAGUAGUGGUAGAAAAGCUCUUUUUAUGUGUGUUUGAAGAAUUAAUCCUGAAGUGCAUGACUCAAGGAGCAGGCUGAGAACAUUUUAAACCACAAAGCUUUCCUAGAUCUGCAGAACCCAAUGAAGCUGAAAUGACUCCAGGUUUAGUUAAUGGGGCAGCACAAUGCUUUUAGAGGAGGGACUCUACAAAAAAAUUAUACAGCCUGUUGGCAUGAAAAAAAGCCUUAAUGCUGGUUUCUUAUGUCUAAAUGAAGAGAAAUAUAUAAGUACAUUGUAUUUUAGAAUUGAGAUGAGAGAGGAGCACCGUGUGUAGUGCUGAGAUGCCACAAAGGCUGUGACUGAUGAAUGCUGACAGGCUGAAUGUGGGUGGAGCAUGAGUUUUGGAGGUGUCUUGGCCAAGAUGGGUAGAUUUCAUGUCAGCAACAAAAUGUUCAGGGUAACUUCACCGCUAAGAAAAUUCAAGUACUGGCUUUAAAAGACAGAGGGAUCUGGGACAGAGUGUAUUUUCCCCAAACUGACUUCCUGAGAAAAACAACUUUUAAAAAUAAAAGAUCUUUGCUGACAAGCAGAGUGAUGCUCAAAGAGACAGGAGCUGUGUCAGUGGUGGAGUGUAUUUUCUGCUUUUUAAUCUUGGCAGAGUGUUAAUCAACCUUGGCAUGUUGGAGGUAGGUAAGAUACUGUCAGGGUUUUUUUGCCAAUACAGAAGGAGGGGUUAUUUUUCACAUUUUUAUAAAAAUGUGUCUUAUAAAUAGGAAACAUGGAUAUGUUAAAAAAAGGCACUUCACUGUUGGUACACAACCUUCCAGUUGUUUUAAUUUUUUUUCCUCCUUUUCAAGACUCAUCAUUUUUGCAUAAUAUCUACCACUGUAGGAUUUGUACUGCUGGUUGCCCUUCAAAAGAUCAGUAUUUCACUGGAAAAGGAAAUAGGAUGAAAUUAGAGGGUUUUCUGUCUUUUCUUUCUGUUUUGUAUGUGUUUUCCAUACUGGUUUUUUCAUGGGGAUAAUUUUUUUAGUAAAAGAACAGCACCUCAGGUUGUAAGUCACCACAAGAAUUCGGGUUGAAAGUCUCUGGUUUGAUUUCUUCCUGAAUCUAAAGUCACCAUUUCUAGUAGAUUUCCCUGUGUGUUUGUAAUCAUAAAUGAAUGAGUUAAAGAUAUUUGGGGUAAGGGUGCCCAGUAGUUCUGCUCAGGUUACCAUGCAAGAUCCUUGGCAUAUACAAUCUCUAUGAGAUGCCUGUAUGCAGACUGGCUUAAAAAUCUCUAGUGAAUUUAAGUUGGGAGUCCUCAAAUGGCUAUCACUAUGCAAAUAAAAAUAAUGCAACAUUUCAUAUUUAGUUGUCUUUUAUCUACUAUUUGUAUUUAAUUCUUUUGGGAGUUAAUUUCUUAAAAAUAUAUUUGAUUUAAAUAUCUUAUUUGAAUUAAAUAAAUUUAUUGCCCAGAUUUUUCAUUGCUAUUUUUAAAAGGUUCUAAAUAUGUCUUCUGUACGUGUGUGUUAAAUUUAUGUACUGUUGGUGUGUUUUUACUGUUGUAACAGGAAAAGCAUUCUGACUUCUUUUAAAAUGAGCAAUCAUAUGUAUAAUCAACUUGGUUAAAACUUCCUUCCUGGUAAGUGCAGCACUUCCUUUGCAUCUGGGUAUGAGACUGAGCAAGAAAAGCAGAACAGCUUAAACAAAGAAAUCUUUUCUGUGAAUGAUCUUCCUUUAAAAAAUAGGAACUACAAAAUUAAACAAAUGAAUAAUCUUCAGCAAUUCAGCCUUGGUUUUAUAAGCAGAUUUCUUCUGGCAUGGAGUUGGGGGAUCAUGACCAGCCCGUUGUUAUGAGAGACGAAAACAAACGAAGGAGAAGAAGAAUGAAACCUCAUUGUACAUCGAGUAGUUUUUCAUCAAUGGAACUGAUAUCCAUUGAGUUCAUUUUACCUACAAGCAAUAAACAUACUAAAGCACCAGAAAUUAUGUUACUUGAAAUAGCUGGCAACUGUACGGUGGAGCAGAUGAAGGCACAGAUUUGGAUGCGUGCAAUAGAGACGAGUCAAACCACAGACUUUUACCAUGCAUUCACCCCAGAUCAGUUUGUUCUGCAGUAUCAGAAGAAAGGGCAAUGGUAUGAAAUUUAUGAUAAACAUCAGGUGUUACAGACAUUGGACUGCAUACUGUACUGGAAGGUGUUACAGAAAAAGGUAGGCAAGAUCUAUGUUGUCCAGAAACAAAAACCAUCAGAAGAAGUUCAGGAAUUUCAGCGGCAGCUUAAUGAUUUGAUUGGUUAUGAUGUCACUGAUGUAAGCAAUGUACAUGAUGAUGAACUAGAAUUUACCCGACGCAGAUUAGUCACUCCACGAAUGAUAGAGGUAGCCUGCAGAGAUCCUAAAUUAUAUGCAAUGCACCCAUGGACUACAUCUAAGCCACUCCCAGAAUAUUUAUUUAAAAAGAUCACUAAUAAUAAUAUUUUCAUAAUCAUACAUAGAGGAACGACUAGUCAGAAAAUUAAAGUGUCAAUAGAUGACACUCCAGAUAUGAUUCUCCAGAGCUUUUUCACAAAAAUGGCAAAGAAAAAGUCUUUGAUGGACAUUCCUGAAGAUCAUAGUGAACUAGAUUUUGUUCUCAGGAUUUGUGGCAGAGAUGAGUACAUUACUGGAGAUACACCAAUCAAAGAUUUUCACUGGAUAAGACAGUGCCUUAAGAAUGGGGAAGAAAUCCACCUUGUCCUCGACAAUCCCCCAGACCCAAAUGAAGAUGAGGUUCAGAAGGAAGAAUGGCCCUUGGUGGAUGACUGUACAGGAGUUACAGGGUAUCAUGAACAAUUGACAAUAGAUGGAAAAGAUCACGAGAGAGUCUUCACUAUCUCUUUGUGGGAUUGUAAUAGGAAAUUUAGAGUGAAAAUAAUUGGCAUUGAUAUCCCAGUUUUACCAAGAAAUACUGAUCUUACUGUGUUUGUGGAGGCUAACAUUCAACAUGGGCAGCAGAUCCUUUCACAGAGAAGAACUUCAUCAAAGCCCUUUACUGAGGAGGUUCUGUGGAAUAUGUGGUUGGAGUUUGAUAUCAAAAUCAAGGAUUUGCCUAAAGGAGCACUCCUGAAUCUUCAGAUAUACUGUGGCAAAGCACAGGGACCAUCUGCAAAGACAAACCUUCAGUCACACGAAUCCUCCAACUCUGAUGCAAAAUGCAAAACCCAGCUUCUCUAUUAUGUAAAUCUUUUGUUGAUAGAUCACCGUUUCUUGCUACGAAGUGGGGAAUAUGUGCUCCACAUGUGGAAAAUUCCAGGUAAGGGGGAAGAACAAGGAAGUAUAAAUGCAGACAAACUCACAUCAGCAACUAACCCAGAUAAAGAAAACUCAAUGGCUAUCUCUAUCGUGCUGGACAAAUAUUGUCACCCAAUUGCCUUGCCCAAGCACAGGAUAUCGUCAGACCCCCAGGGGGACAGGACCCGAGCUGAAAUGCCCAACCAGCUUCGCAAGCAACUUGAGGAGAUCAUAGCAACUGACCCACUUAAUCCACUUUCUCCUGAGGACAAAGAACUGUUGUGGCACUUUAGAUAUGAGAGCAUAAAGCACCCCAAGGCAUAUCCUAAGCUGCUUAGCUCUGUGAAAUGGGGACAACAAGAAAUAGUGGCCAAAACAUACCAGUUGCUAGCUAAAAAAGAGGCUUGGGAUCAGAGCACUUUAGAUGUUGGACUCACAAUGCAACUUCUGGACUGUAACUUUUCAGACGAAAAUGUCCGAGCAAUGGCAGUUCAAAAACUGGAAAGUUUAGAAGAUGAUGAUGUUCUUCAUUAUCUUUUGCAGCUUGUGCAGGCUGUGAAAUUUGAGCCAUAUCAUGACAGUGCAUUAGCCAGAUUUCUGCUGAAACGUGGUUUGAGAAACAAAAGAAUUGGUCACUUCUUGUUUUGGUUCUUAAGAAGCGAAAUUGCCCAGUCCAUGCACUACCAACAGAGGUUUGCAGUCAUCCUUGAAGCCUACCUUAGGGGCUGUGGAAAAGCAAUGCUGCACGAUUUCAUGAAGCAAGUUCAAGUAAUUGAAUUGCUGCAUAAAGUCACAAUGGAGAUUAAAUCAGUUUCUGCAGAAAAGUAUGAUGUUACUUCUCAAGUUAUUGCACAGCUGAGACAAAAGCUUGAAAAAUUACAGGGCAGUAAACUUCCAGAAAGUUUUAGAGUUCCAUAUGAUCCUGGGCUAAGAGCAGGAACACUAGUGAUAGAAAAAUGCAAAGUAAUGGCGUCCAAGAAGAAGCCCCUCUGGCUUGAAUUUAAAUGUGCAGAUCCAACAGCUCUGUCAAAUGAAACCAUAGGCAUCAUCUUCAAACACGGAGAUGACCUCCGUCAGGACAUGCUAAUUUUACAGAUUCUUCGCAUUAUGGAAUCCAUUUGGGAAGCAGAAUCCUUGGACCUCUGUUUGUUGCCAUAUGGUUGCAUUUCUACAGGGAACAAAAUAGGAAUGAUCGAAAUUGUGAAAGAUGCUACAACAAUUGCCAAAAUUCAACAGAGUACAGUUGGGAACACUGGUGCUUUUAAGGAUGAAAUACUAAACCAGUGGCUCAAGGAAAGAUGCAUGAUUGAAGAGAAGUUUCAGGCAGCUGUGGAAAGAUUUGUUUAUUCUUGUGCUGGAUACUGUGUGGCAACCUUUGUACUUGGAAUAGGAGACAGGCACAAUGACAACAUCAUGAUUACAGAAACAGGUAACCUUUUCCAUAUUGAUUUUGGCCAUAUUCUUGGGAAUUAUAAAAGCUUCCUUGGAAUUAAUAAGGAGAGAGUUCCUUUUGUGCUGACUCCAGAUUUUCUGUAUGUCAUGGGAACUUCCGGAAAGAAAACAAGUCUCCAUUUCCACAAAUUUCAGGAUGUAUGUGUGAAGGCUUAUUUAGCUCUCCGACACCACACAAACCUGCUGAUCAUCCUGUUUUCCAUGAUGCUGAUGACUGGAAUGCCCCAAUUAACCAGCAAAGAAGAUAUUGAAUAUAUCAGGGAUGCACUGACAGUAGGGAAAAGUGAAGAAGAUGCCAAAAAGCAUUUUCUUGAUCAGAUAGAGGUUUGCAGAGAUAAGGGCUGGACGGUGCAGUUUAACUGGUUUUUGCAUCUUGUGCUUGGAAUCAAACAAGGAGUAGAAAAGCAUUCUGCUUAAUAUUUUAUGUAAAUUAACUAUGGGUGUGAAUAGGAGGUUAGUGAACCUACAUGUUAUUUCUGAAUUCGAAUAAAUGAGCAGUCAAAAUUGCCUUUACUCUUCUGGCAGUUUAAAUGAUCUUGAAAAAGGCAAGGACUUUACUCUGCCCCUCCAGAAGAUCUUCCUGCAGAUAAGAUUUUUUUUGUCCAUUUCUAAUGACACUUCAAGUUGCUGGAUUCUUUUAGUUCAUUUUCUGUUUUGGCUUGGAUUUUUUUUCUUUCUUUAGCAAUAAUUUCAGAUAAAUAUAAGGAGGAGGUUGAGUAAGAUGAUAACUGACAAACCCCCUAUGACCUUAAUUGUUCAUGAAGGUCAAGUCCUUCAAAACCAGAAGAAUUUACAUAAAAUCUAUGGUUAUAGUGAAAUCUCUGUAGACAAUCCAUUUGUGUCUCAGGAUGGUUUAGACAUGAGUGUUCUUCAUCUACAUCCUUCUCUUUUGUCCCUUCCUCAACAUUUUGUCCUUUCUGGAUUUUUAAUAUGUUGUCAGUAGAAAAGAGCUUUGGCUCUGCCAUUGGAGGAAAUUGCCUUUGUAUUACUGUAACCUCCUGACACAGACAACCAAUCUUGACUGCCAGGAGAACUUCUUAGUUACUGGGAAGUUCCUCAGACUUGAACAUUAAGUUCUGAAGGUUUACUUUUGAAAGAUUUUUUUUACUGUACUUUUUAAUGGGUAACAUCCAUAUAAUAUUACAGAUCAUAUUCUUAGUGUAAAGAUAUUAAAAUUCCACCUGUGUAGGAAAAUCUUUGUAGAAAAAGCAAUGGUACUUCCUUAUCCCUCAGAGAAAACUCCUUAUCUAAGAGUAAUUGACACGUUACCAAAUAUCUGAGAAAUCCAAAGUUAUUUAUUCCUUGGUGAUAUAUUUUCAGGAUAUACCUAGAAGGAAUUAAAUGUAAUCUUUGAAGUUGUGUAUAUUUUGCUAUUUAUUUUUAAAUUCCUGAAGAAACAAUACUACUGAAAAGCUAUUUAUGAAAGAAAAAAACCCCUUGACUUUAAUUUCAAUAUUUAAACUUAAAAGAGGAAAAAAUGGGCAGUAUUAAGUAGAAUUGUAACUCUCUACUGUAGAUUGCCUGCAAAUCAAGUCUGCCUAAGGUAGGAAAGGAAAAAGACAUAUAGCCUGAAUUAGUCUUUGACUUGAAUUAUUAUGGUAUACUUCCUGCUAAUUGAUUUUUACCAAAGAGAGAAGAUGGCUGAUAAUAUUGCUGUUUUGCACUUGUGCCCAUGUAAUUUCUUCCUUCAUUGUAGUGUUACGUGGGCUUUACAUUACCUAUAAAUGAUUAACUGAAUUUUCAAAUUCCGUUAUCAUUUGCUUUGAUCAUUUCACAGAACUGUUGAUUUUAACUACUGCUACUACUGAGUGCAUUCUUGAAGGAUUUUUAAUAAAUGUACUGUAAUCGGUGUCUCAGUUAUGAGAUGUAGCCAAUCUAUUCUCGAAAUGUAGAUGUUUAAUUGUUUAUUGUGCGCAAGUAUUUUUGAUGUAAAUGGUAAACUCCAGUUAAGGAAAUCUCUAAGGCUAAAAUGUAGACUAUUUUGUUAUUCUGUUACAUUAUUAUUCUGGGCAAGAUAGGCUUUAGAUCGUACUAAAAUAUAAACUAAAUGGUGAAUAUUGUCUGUAAAAUGAUAUUUUUAGAUUUGUAUUUUAUAGAUCUGAAAUAAAUUGAUAUGUUCUAUUAAUUUGAUUAUUAUUCAUGAAUAAGCAGCUUAGCCCAAAAUACAUGUAAAUAUUUUUAUCCAGUUUCUUAAAGAAUACCUGAUCUCAGUAAGAAAUUAUAUUCGAAGUCCCACUCAGAGGAAUUGUUUUAGUUCCAUAAUAAUAACUCUGCAUGAUGUCAGAUAUAUUGAAAUUUAAUAGUCUAUAGUAUUAGAAUUGCAAUUAUUAUAAUUGUAAAAUGUGAAUAGAAUAUUGCCACUU